CAGGUCAGGCAAACAAUCAGGUGGCUGUAUCAAUAGAUGGUGCUUGUUUUCUGGAGCGGCUGGAAACUGAGUGCUUGGAAGUUCGCCUGAAGUCAGCUCACGUUGUAUCGAUACAAGGUCGCUCGUCCUCGGAUGACUGCUGGGAGGGUUCAGGGUUGCAACUCUGCAUUCCAUCCUCACUUCCCGCGUCGUGAGGUUGAGCCUCGUUUCCCUACCUCUUCAGCUCACUGUUUUUCACGUCCACGCUUGCCCUACCCGUCCCACACAAGCAAAGCCGGAAAAUUCUCCAUUUGGCUUCACGCUAGCGCCAGAUUUGAGGCACAGGUCUCUUCACUUCCAAGUCCUACCAUCGAUCAAAAUCAUCCACCCAACAUUGCUGACCUUCAACCCUGAACCAACCGGGGUAUAGAGGAGCCGCUUCAUAUUAAGAUCACAUUCAAUCCCCUAUAUGCGCAGGCAACAGAAGUAUCCUCAAUGAAGGACAAAACCCAUCUCAUUGAGCUCGACGGUCGGACGGGUGAGGGCGGCGGGCAGCUUGUGCGCAUCGCCUGCGCCCUCGCAGCUGUCGCAACGCAACCCAUUCGCAUAACGAAUGUGCGGGGCAAUCGUGAAGGGCCGAGAGGCGGUGGCCUUAAAUCGCAACAUGUAACGGCCAUCGAGUACCUCGCCACGGCCACUGAUGCCGAUGUCUCUGGGUUGUUCAUCGGCAGCCACACAUUAGAGUUUCACCCGAAACUCCGGCCUUCCGACCUCAACAACCGCAACAUCAAGAUCACAGCGGAUUCACCAGCAGCGUCAACCCUCCUCAUCUUCCAGGCUGUGUUUCCUUUUCUGCUGUUCGCGGGCAACGACAAGGGCGAGCCAAUAACCCUCGAGAUUUCAGGCGGCACCAAUGUCUCGUACUCCCUAUCCUUCGAGUACCUCGACCAGGUGCUCCUUCCGACCCUGCAGGACGCUUUCGGGAUCACUGUCGAGAGAAAGCUGCUCUCCCGGGGUUGGAGCCUGGGCAAGCAACAGCGGGGCAAGGUUGAGUUCAGAUUCAAGCCUCUGAAGCCAGGCGAGACACUCAAGCUCAAGGAGAAGGACAGCAUCGUGUACAACGGCGACGGGCCGAUGCCGGUCAUGGAGGAUAUCGAGGAGAUCAAUAUCUCGAUGAUCGUCCCAACCGAGAUGCACGAGGCUAUGACCGAAGCGCUCGUCGCGGACUUGGGAGCACUGUUCCCUGAUAUCGAGCCCAACUUCAAUACCAUCGAGGACAGCGGUGCCGACUCGAGGAUAUACGUCUUGCUCGUCGCCAAAGCAGGGAUGGUGCGCUGGGGCCGGGACGUCCUCUCGUCGAUGCCGAAGAAAGCUAAGGGCAAGGGUGCCGCGCAGACCGCGAGUUCACUGUGCGCAACCAUCUCACGAAAGAUAGCGAAGGAGCUGUACGAGGAGGUCUCAACAGGCGGCGUCGUCGACGAGUUUUUGCAGGACCAGCUGGUCAUCUUCCAGGUGCUGGCCGAAGGCCGGACGUCGUUCCCUCGGGGUGAGGCUAAGGACAGCCUUGAGCAAACGAUGGCGAACCUGGAGAUUGACGACAAGAGACUGCGCAAGGAGAAGACGGACAAGCCUUUUGGCGAUGGCAGCACGCACACCACAACAGCGCGGUGGGUGACGGCCGAACUCCUACCAAAUGUUGCGUGGUACAAUAAGGGGUUAAUUUGCGAGGGCAUUGGCAUGCAACUGGGGAAGAAGCGAUGAUGACGGGUGCUACGUGGCAGCAUUGGUGCUGCCUUCUUUGACAGGCCUGACCGGGCUUCUUUCCGGUCGGCACAGGAGGGCCUUCGUGGCUUCCGGGC